CAGCUGGGGAAACAAGACAUUGUUUUUCCUGCUUCAGAAAAUCAUGAAAGGGGUGGAAAAGGAAGUAUUUUAAUUUUUAGCAGAGUUCACAGGGGAGACCUCACAGCAUCAGACCCAUUCAUCAAGAUGUCUCUCUGCAAUGGCUGUUGACAACAGCUGUUCUCUUUUGUUUUCCAGCCUCAUUUCCAAGAAGUGUUUGCAUCUCAGCUAAGCUAUGAAACUGAAAUCCUGCGGCUGUGCAUUUCCUCCCACACCCCGAACCAAAGGAAAGGCAAGUCCCACAGCUGAGCUUCUGUGUCUUCUGUUCAGUCACUGCAGGUUGAUGGUCUGCAGCUUUGGUGGAGGGCACUACCAGCACAGGAGCACCCUGGGCACUUCUGCACCUUGCAUCUAGGUGACUGAGCUGAAGCAGCAAAAGGCAGUCCUCACCUGCUGCACACCUCUCUGCACCCCUCAGCCUGGAAAGGAUUUUCUGCAAAAACACCCCAUCUGCUUGCACACAGAAGAUUCAUCACUGAAGACCAUUCAAGAGAGCCACCCCCUCCUUCCAUACAACACAGUUCCCAUUUGGAGUGCCUUUCAUCCUCCUCUGAAUCUCAGUGAGAGCAAAGCGUGACAAGCAAACAUGCUGCUGCUGGUAGUGCUUGUAGCCACAGCCUCUUGGUCUUAUGGAUUUGCACAGAAAAUUCCCAUGCAGAGUCCUAUAUCUAUCACGAAGUUCCAAAAAAGUGCACGGAUGACAUGUGAAAUGCGAACAUUACAGGAAAAUUUUGAUGGCACUGUCAUACACUGGUACAAGCAGAAGGAGGGUGAAGCUCCACAGAGGCUUCUGUUUGUUUCAGGAAGCAAAGUUACCAUUGAAAGUGGCUUUCAAACAAACAGAUACUUGGUUGAAAGAAGUUCUGUCCAGAAGCAGUGUUUUCUUACAAUAAAAGAUGUAAUUCCAGAUGAUGCUGCUACUUACUACUGUGCCUACUGGGAUCAUUAUAACAAGGUGUUUGGCUCAGGCACAAAACUUGUUGUCUCAGAAAAAGAAAGUUCUCCCCCAGCAAACUCUGAAAUCCUGCAGAAAAAACAUGAAGAUCAGAUAACCUAUGUUUGCCUUAUUGAGAAAUUCUACCCAGAAGUUAUUAAGGUGACAUGGACUGAAGACAAAAAGGAGGUAACAGACAACAUAGUAAAAGGAGACACUUGGCUGUCCAGAAAAGAGGAUGAAUACUCAAUUGCCAGUUGGUUAACUGUGCCAGCAGAGAAUGAGGACAAGAAAUACUACUGCAAAUAUGAGCAUGAAAAGGAAAAGGCUUCACUGUCAACACAAGUCGAUUCUGUGAAGACUGCUCCUCAGGAAGAGGACUGCAGAACAGUUUUCAAUAGAGAUCAGUUAAUGCACAGGACAGCAUAUUUAAUAUAUAUCAUCCUUCUUCUGAAGAGCUCCAUGUACUAUCUUGUCAUACUCUUCUUCAUCUACAGAGUGUGGGCUUCAACCAAGCACCAAGGAAAGAAAGCAUAAAUGCUGUUUUGAGAAAGGGCUACAAAUUGAUCUUUAAUUUACUUUGCCGUAUGCUUAUCCAUAUAGACCCCCCUGCUCUUGGUGUUAGAUGGAACAGAAAAAAAAAAUCCAAAAUAAUAUUCUGGUAUUUGUGCAUAAGGGCUCGUUUUGCUUUACUGCUAGUGUUUUUAUAUCAGGCUAGUUUUCCUAAUUUUUUUCUGGGCAAUAGGAAUAAUGCAUUUUAAUCCAAGUCUGUAUUGCAAAAUGAAGAAGGUAGCCAUGUCAAAAGUGGACAUGCAUCCAGAAGCUUGGGCUUUUGACAUAUAAAGCACAGAUGUGUUUUGUCACUGCAUUUAAGGCUUUAUUAGGAGCAUUCCUGUACAGGAAAUUCACAGGUUUGGUUCAUUUUUACUUUUGUUGAUUUGUUGCAACUCUCAUGUAUCCAACAAAUCUGGAAUUAAUUAUUCUGAAGUGGUGUGCUUUAAGAGACAAUUAAACAAAAUUUUUAAAAGUGAACAAAAGAAUUUUGAAUUAAGAAAUCAGAUGAGAAUAAAAGAGAUUCUAAGGUGUACAUGUGCAGAAAUUGAAGAAAUCCACCAGCACUGUGACAUGGUCUGAAAAUCUGCACAUUGUAAUUUAAUAAAAAAGUAAACAAUCACAAUGGUCUUGAACAUCACCUUAUUUAAGGACACCUUUUAAAACUGAGCAAAGCUGCAAAUGUGAAGCGCUGAUAAAAUAUAUUCACAACGGGAGAAAAAUUCUCAGAUACCUUGAACUUUUAAUCUCCCAGUUCCACAAAUCAAUUCCUUUCAAAUUUAUGUGGAAAGGUAGGAAGUGGACAUAUUGGGAUAAAUCACUUGCUUGGUUUUGGGCAAAACUCUGCCCUAGGUUUUGGAGAAAUGCCCCUGAAGCAUUUACAUUUGCAUUUACUGUGUCUGUAAUGAUGGUGGCAAUAAAAGCUUUCCUCCAGCUGUCUU